AUGGAGGGCUGCACAACCAGGGACUCUACAGGACUGGGUUUGGGAGAGCGGUUCAACCAGAGAGGAAACGUGUUUUUGCGGUUGGUCUCCCAUGUGCAGUGUGCCAUAAAGUUUGCCAAGAAUCAUAACCUACGACUCGUUAUCCGAAACACAGGCCAUGAUGGCUCAGGACGCUCCAGCGCCCCUGGCUCAUUCGAGAUACACACGCACCACCUGAAACAUACACAUUAUCAUGAUGACUUCCAACCAGUCGGGGCUGUCACAACCUCGGGACCUGCGGUUACUGUUGGGGCUGGAGUUAUACUCGGAGACCUCUAUGCCGAGGGCGCGCGACAAGGAUACACCGUAGUCGGUGGAGUAUGUCCCACCGUCGGCUUUGUUGGUGGCUUCCUUCAAGGGGGCGGUGUCUCUGGGAAAUUCAGUCACAAUAGGGGGCUGGCUGUCGAUAAUGUGUUGGAGAUCCAAGCUGUAACGGCAGAUGGUGACUUGGUAGUAGCCAAUGAUUACCACAAUCAAGACCUGUUUUGGGCAUUAAGGGGAGGAGGGGGAGGUACGUUUGCUGUCGUCACUCAAGCAACAGUGCGAGUAUUCCCAGACGUCCCGUGUGUUACCACCCAGCUCGCUGUAUCUGCCCCAGAGGGCUUAGAUGACCACUCCUGGAUGCAGGUACUGGAAUUGCUGCUCAGGGGUUUACGGUCGUUUAACGAAGAGAGGAUCGCGGGAGAGUUUCACCUGCGGCCCGAUCCGCUGUCAGCCAUACUCACUCUACAUUUUCUGAACACAUCGGACCUCGACAGCGUUGAUCGUCGACUAGCAGCACUCAUCGACAAAUUUCGGACCAGUGAAAUUCCGCACAUUUACUCGUCCAAAUCCCAUGCUCUGGAAGUCCCCCGCUCUGUGGAAGCCAAGUUAUACGCUAGUCACGAGCUUACAAGUGUCCAAAUGCCGGUUUUGUACUCGUUGGAUCCAAGCUAUAAGGUGUCCUAUCUUAACAUGGGCGACCCAAACGACGCCGACUUCCGCAACGUGUAUUGGGGCCCGAAUUAUGAGCGAUUGCUGGCUCUCAAGCAAAAAUGGGACGUGGACGCAUUGUUUAUAACUAGGUUGGGGAAGAGACACGAUGUCAUGAACACAAUUCCAUCUACCGGCGCCGGUGCUGACAUGCGAUCUUUCAACCGGGACAUUUAUGACUUAUUGAGAAACCAUGCGGAGGAUCCACGGCUUAACGAGGUCUGGACCGCGAUCAAUACAGUUACGGAGUGGGUAGACUGGAUCACAUCCAACGGGGCCCGGAUGAUUCCUUCCGAUAUCGCCUUCCGAUUCUGGAUGUUGCGAGUUUACAUGACGCAUGACUGGGGGUGCGGACUGACCUCAUCGACAGCUGAGCUUUGA